AUGGCGACACUGCACUCGGGCUAUGCGGAUAAGCCUGAAUCUUUGCUCGAGUCAGCCGCAUCUCAACACUCGCAGUCCAUCGAGCCUAGCAAUCUUGAUCAUUUCCCCGAGAAAACGACGGAGAAAUUUCAAGAAAAACCUGCAGAUUCAAGUGUUGCUGCUCCUGCUCCAGCGACGACGGAGUCUGCCGGUACGACGGCAGCAUCGAACCCUCCUCACAGCUCGAACAUCCAACCCAACGGUGUCAACCCACACCAGCAUGAAGUAGAUUCAGCAGAUACUGAUUCAUCGCUUCCACCCGUCGAUACAGGAAAAGAUGCCUGGCUGUUCCUCCUCGCAGCCUUCAUUUUAAAUGUUUUAGUUUGGAGUUUCCCGUUCGCCUACGGAAUUUUCCAGGAAUAUUACUCCUCACACCCGCCAUUCAAGGGCCAGCGGAACAUUGCCAUUGUUGGUACCUGCGCUUUGGGAUUCAUGUAUCUCUCUUCGCCCUUUGUCUUUAGCCUACUUGUGUGGCGCCCUACGUGGAAAAGGCCUUGCAUCCUGGUCGGUUUGGUCAUCAUGUGUCUAUCGAUUGCACUCAGCUCUUUGAGUACGACAGUUCCACAUCUGAUCGCGAGCCAGGGUGUUUUCUCCGCAGUUGGAGGUGCUUUGUGUUAUAGCCCAGCAAUCAGUUUCGUGGACGAGUGGUUUGUGAAGAGGAAAGGUUUGGCUUUUGGCAUGAUGUGGGCAGGCACUGGUCUUGGUGGUGUCGUGAUUCCACUACUCCUCCAAGCCAUCCUCAACAAAUACGGCUUCCGCACCACCCUUCGCAUAUGGGCUGUGGUCUUGUUUGUUGCCACAGUGCCGCUCUACGUAUUCCUCAAACCGCGUGUGCCAAUUUCUCGGAACCCUUCUCGCCGCUCUUUUGACCUAUCCUUUCUCAAAACAAGAAUCUUCCUGCUGCACCAAUUUGGUAACAUCCUUCAAGGCUUUGGAUACUUUUUACCAGCCCUCUACUUGCCCACAUACGCAAAGAGUCUAGGCGCAUCGAACAGUGUCUCCGCACUCACGCUUACCCUUAACAACAUUGCCGCAGGGUUGGGGUGCGUAUUAAUGGGCUGGUCUGUGGAUCGCUGGCAUGUCACCACAUGCGUCUCCAUAACGACGAUAGGGUCUACACUAGCAGUCUUCCUCCUCUGGGGCUUUUCGACCCAUCUAUCACUGCUUCUGAUUUUCUGUUUCAUGUAUGGCUUGUUCGCCGGCUGCUACACAACAACGUAUUCGGGUGUGAUGAAAGCGCUCAGUCGCAGUCACGAGGCCACAGAUGCGACUUUGGUCUUUUCGGUACUUGUGGCAGGACGCGGUAUUGGGAAUGUGCUCAGCGGACCUGUCAGUCAAGCACUGAUCGGAGCAGGUCAAGUAGGACAUGUAGGCGUGUAUGCGAGCGAGUAUGGUCCGCUUGUCAUCUUUACGGGCGUCAGUGCUGUACUGGGAGGAUUCGGUUGUAUUGGAAGGGCGCUCAGAUGGUUUUGA